AUGGAAGUAAUUGAAAUCGAAGUUGAGAAAGAAGUGACAAAUCCGUUUGUCAAGAGUGGCUUGGUGAGGACACCGCCGCCGCAAACCCAGCAGGUGCAAAAGCAGCACACGAACGAGCAGCAGGGUCAGCAGCAGUAUAGCGCGUGGACGAAACCACCAAAACCACCGAGGGUAGAGGCAGCGAAAAAGUUGGUGGACGAGCUGCACGAGUAUGUGGAUAAGAGAAGCAACGUGCACAAAGACAUCAAGGCGUUGGUGAUUAAGCUCCAAGGCGCUCUUGGUUCAGCUGUCAAGGAGUGGAAAAGCGUAGUGCAGAGAGCAGAAGCUGGGGAGAAGGAGUUGUUAGCGGCGAAAACUGCCUUAGAGGCACGUCGCGCAGCGCAAAUGCAAAGGGCUGAAGCCGACACAGCUAAGAGGGAGGUCAACACGGCGAGUAGUGUCCCCCCUGGGAUGCAGUCCACGCCCUUCUUCACACCAAAGAGGCCAAGGGCAUCGCCAGGAGAUGCUAGACCAGGUGGUCCCAAGAGACACAAGGAUGCCCGUGUCACUGGAGCUAAACUACCACCAGAAGCAACCGACGCGGUAAACAGCCGCACUGAAUGGCAGGUCGUCGGCAAAAAAAAGGAGAAAGCGAGCAAGAAAAACCCGCCCAAAAAACGUAAUGUCGUCAGGACGAGGAAUAAGAGCGAGGCUCUCAUCGUCAAAGCGAGCGACGACUCGUACGCCGAAGUCCUACGCGCUAUGCGGAUGAACCCGGAUCUUAAGGAGCUAGGGGAAGACGUGCAAAAGGUUAGGCGCACUCGUAAUGGUGAGAUGCUCCUCGAGCUGAAAAGAAACCCCAAAGCAGGCAGCAUCUCGUACAAGGAGCUUACCGAGAAAGCCCUCGGAAACAAGGUGGAAGUAAGAGCCUUGUGCCCGGAAGCGACUCUCCGGUGUAAAGAUCUGGACGAGAUUACUACGGAGGAGGAUGUAAAAUCAGCCCUGAAGGAGCAAUGCGAGCUAGGAGAGGUCCAGAUGACCAUCCGUAUCAGGAAUGGACCUGACGGCACCAAGGUAGCCUCAAUUAAGCUGCCAGUAGAUGCAGCUAAUAAAGCGUUGAAAGUGGAGAAAAUAUGUGUGGGUUGGUCUGUGUGCCCACUGAGCGUUUCCCAGCUACCGGACGUGUGCUUCAAGUGUCUGGGUUUUGGUCACUUCGCACGGAACUGUCAAGGGCCGGAUAGGAGCAAACUAUGCAGAAGGUGUGGCGAGGAAGGUCACAAGGCAAAAGAUUGCACGAAGCCUCCGAAAUGCCUAAUUUGCGCUGCCACGGAGGAUAACAAACAUCCUACAGGCGGUAGCAGAUGCCCAGCCUUCAAACGAGCGAGUGCAACGAAGUCCCAGUGGAGAUGCGAUGUUGCGAUAAUUUCGGAGCCAUACCAAAUUCCACCCGGAGAUGGAAACUGGACAUCAGACGGAGCCAAAACAGCAGCGAUAUGGGCAGUGGGAAAAUACCCCAUUCAAGAAGUGGUGCACUGCGCAGAUGAAGGGUUUGUUAUAGCCAAAAUCAACGGAGUCUUCAUCUGUAGUUGUUAUGCACCUCCACGUUGGACGAUCGAGCAGUUCAACCGGAUGUUGGACAAACUAACGGAAGAGCUAACCGACCGAAGACCAGUAGUAGUAGCUGGUGACUUCAAUGCCUGGGCGGUCGAAUGGGGCAGCCGCCUCACGAACCCAAGGGGAAGCAGUCUUCUGGAGGCCCUAGCUAAGCUGAACGUAGAUCUUGCCAAUGACGGUACCACCACCACCUACCGUAAGGAUGGUCGAGAGUCCAUCAUAGAUGUCACUUUCUGCAGCCCGGGAAUGAUAGGGAGCAUGGACUGGAGAGUGUGCGAAGAAUACACCCACAGCGAUCAUCAAGCGAUCCGGUAUUGUGUUGGGCGCAACUCGCAGGUGGAAUCAAGCAGAACGCAGUUUGGUGAGCGAAAGUGGAAAACAGCGAACUUUAACAAGGACGUAUUUGUGGAAGCACUGAGGCUCGAGCGCAACACAAUAAACCUCAGCGCGGAAGAGCUGACUGCAACACUAUCACGUGCGUGUGAUGCAACCAUGCCUAGAAUGGGAAAACCCAGAAAUGGGCGACGUCCGGCGUACUGGUGGAAUUCGACGAUCGCUGACCUGCGGGCACGUUGUCUACAUGCCAGGAGAAGGAUGCAGAGAGCUAGAAACAGCGGCGAAAGGGAGGAAAGAAGGACUUACUUAUACCCGGCAAUCAACGGAUAUAAACGGUGCUAUGACGAUCGAGCUAAAGACGAAACCUUAGGCACAAGUCAUAGGCGUGAGACCAAAUGUAUUAAAGAUACUUAG